GUCAAUCAGCUGUGUCAAUCUAGUAACCAGUUUAGUGAUCCCGAUGCAUUGUAAUCGAUUUUAGUUUACGAUUUUCUUGUGUCCUGUAAUUAUUUUAUAUUUCUAUACUAAAUAUUCAAACAAUGGCCACUGCGGCUUUGAAAGGCCAAUUCGCCACAAAAAUCAUACCCAAAAAUGCUUCGAUGAGCAUUGUGUACAUCAAGUCUGCGCAAUAUAGUUCUGAUGGGAGGCCUAACUUAGCUGCUUACAAACGAGGUACUGGCGGACGUAGCAGUUUUAAUGGCAUAGUAGCCACGGUAUUCGGUUGUACCGGAUUUGUGGGUCGCUAUGUUUGCAACAAGCUGGGCAAGAUUGGCACUCAGAUGAUUCUACCAUAUAGGGGUGACUUCUAUGAUGCCCAAAGGCUUAAAGUCGCUGGAGACUUGGGGCAAGUUCUCUUUACACCUUUUGAUAUCCGAGAUGAGGAGUCUAUUGCAAAGGCAGUCCGUUAUUCCAAUGUGGUUAUUAACUUGAUUGGAAGAGAUUAUGAAACUAAAAACUUUAAAUAUAUGGAUGUUCAUGUUGAUGGACCUCGGCGAAUUGCUAGAAUCUGCCGAGAAAUGGGAGUAGAGAGAUUCAUUCACCUGUCUUAUCUUAACGCUGAGGAAAAUCCAACACCUUUGGUACUGAAAAAACCAUCCUUAUACAAAAUUAGCAAAUACCUUGGAGAAUGCGCUGUAAGAGAGGAAUUCCCCACAGCCACCAUCUUGCGUGCCUCUGAUAUUUAUGGCUCUGAGGACCGCUUUAUAAGGAGUUUCGCAUCUGGAUGGCGAAUUCACGGUCAGCUCAUGCCUCUGUACAAAAAUGGAUUGGAGACAGUCAAACAACCUGUGUUUGUAUCAGAUGUAGCUCAAGGCAUUGUUAAUGCUAUUCGUGACCUAGAUACCAGAUGCCAGGUCUAUCAAGCCGUUGGGCCAAAAAGGUAUCUAUUGGCUGACUUAGUAGACUGGUUCUACAAGCUUAUGCGUAAAGAUGAAAAAUGGGGUUAUAUGCGGUAUGAUAUGAAAUAUGACCCAAUUUUCCCUCUAAAGGUGGCGCUGGUGAAUAUGAUUUCACCUGCAUAUCCUUUCGGCAACCUGCAUUGGGAAUCUAUUGAGAAGGAAGCGACUACUGACAAAGUGGAACCCGGCCUGCCGACACUGGAGGAUCUAGGUGUAAAUUUAACACAAAUAGAGGACCAAGCACCGUGGGAGCUAAAACCUUUCCGCGCCUAUCAAUACUAUAUUGAUCAAAUUGGUGAAUUUGCCAAACCAGACCCCCCUAAGGUUUACAACUGCUAAAUAUUUUGUGUAUAACUUGUAAUUCUAAAUAUAUGUGAAAUUGGUCUGGUUAAUAUGAAUACUGUUUAUUACUCCAUCAAAUCACAUUCAAUUAAAAAAAAAUACUAAGUUAUACCUACAUGUAGUUGUGUAGAUAUGUCAAAUAAAUUAUUUUCAUUGUUAUAA